AUAAACGCAAGUGGAGAUCCAUAGCCAGCUGUUCCGUGUUUUGCGAGUCGCGACGCGAGCCUCUCUCUUCUCACCCGUCUCCCUCUCUGCUCAUUUUCGCUUUGGAGAGAGAAGUCUAGCCAGGAGAGACUAGAGAGAGAGAGAGAGAGAGAAGCCACUCUCUCUCGCGUCUUCCAAAACCCUUUCGUCGUUUUCCUACUAAUAAUGUGUGCUAAUCUCUUGGUUUGAGUGUUGUCUGUGUUGAUCUCCUUCCUGAUCUGCUGCUUCUAAUUCGCUGCGCUGAAUUCCCGCCUUCUGCAUUGUGAUCAAACACUAUCCUAGGGUUCUGUGUUUCCGGAGGCGGGAAUUGAACUCUGGACUGGAUAUGGAUUCCCACCAGGAUCUAACCAGUGUCGGUGCAGAAGGUGACGAGGCUAACCGUGUUGUCGGUGCUGAAACUAACGCCAGUGACAUGGAUGAUUUAGAGAAUUCCUAUGUCUUUGUCAAUGGAAGUGAAGGUACGACUGAUGAUCCUGGUGUUAAUGAACUCGACGUUGAUGUGCCUGGUGCCUCGGCUGAAACCGAGGUUGUAGAGGAUUUUACUGUCAGUGGGGAUUUAAGCAAGUCCUUUGAAGAGGAGAGGCAUGGUUCUCUUCAAGGGAUUGGGGUCUUCCUCUCGACCACCGAGGGUGAGGUUUCUGAGGAUUGUUUGGCUGGGAAAGAAAACGUGGAUGGAACCCAAGUUACUUCUAAUGGUUCAGUAGAGAAUCAAAUCGAAGAUGUUGAGUCACAAAAAUAUGAGUGUAGUGUUGAGUCCAAACCGCAGACCAUUGAUUUGAAGUCCUCAUAUGUGACCUCUCAGGAUCAGGUUGAUUUGAGGUCCUCAUCUGUGGACUCCGGAGAUGCCAACCAAGUAACUCAGGAAAUUAUUCUAGAUUCAGUUAUUGACCUAGUUGAUUUAGAUUCGGCCACUGAGCAAAAUAAUAUAGAUUUGACCGUAGAUCAACAUAAUUCAGAUUCAGAUUUGACCCUAGAUCAACAUAAUUCAGAUUCAACUGUCGGUGUAGAAAAUGCAGAUUCAAUCACUGAACAAAAUAAAUUAGGUUUGACAAACAAUAUAGAUUUGACAAUUAUUACUGUGGAGGGCCAGAACAAUCAGCACGUGGUUGUGGAUGCUGCAGAAUGUGACCCUGAUAAAACUGACCUAAAGAAAGGCAAUUAUGUAGACCAAACUUUACAGCCUUGUGAUGUGUUAGAAGAGGGAGAGAAAUGUACAAUGGCUCCUAUGGAUGAUUUUGAAUGCAAAUCCCAACAUGCCAAGCCAGAGGUUGGGGAGGUAAAUGAGCAGCAGAAAUCUGAGGUAAUGGCAACUGAAAUAGUGGAGGAUGGUGAAUCAUACACCCAUGUUAAUAUUCCUGUGGAGUCAAAUUCUUGUGAACUUGAUCAUGAAGGGGAGAACCUUGAGAAGGAAUCAAGUAAAGGUUUCAGUUCUGAUGCAAAUCCAGAACUUGAAAGGGUUAGAGUUGACCAGGGGCACGAGAUGGAAAAUGUAGUGAAUGAGAAGCACACCUCCUUGGAAGCAGGGGGAGGAGCCAUUUCGCUUGUUUUAUGUGAUAAGCAAGUUAGUGUACUUGUAUCUCAUGCUACAGACCAUGUUUCUCAAUUAGAAGAAGGUGGUGGAAAAAUUGAUGUUUCUGAAAGUUCCCAUGAAUUCAGUAGAUCUUCUGAGGAAGCCAAUAUCAUGGGCACUCCUGCUGCUUGUGUUAUGAAUGAAGGUGACACCAGAGGAAAACCGAUUGAUACUACAGACCAUGUUUCUCAGUCAGAAGAUGGUAGUGGGCAAAUUGAUGUUGGUGAAAGCUCCCUUGAAUUGAGCAGAUCUUCUGAGGAAGCCAAGAUCAUAAGUUCUCCUGCUGCUUGCAUGAUGACUGAAGGUGACACCACAGAAAAACCAAUUGAUACUACAGACCAUGUUUCUCAAUCAGAAGGUAGUGGACAAAUUGAUGUUGGUGAAACCUCCCAUGAAUUUAGCAUAUCUUCUGAGGAAGCCAAGAUCAUGGGCGCUCCUGCUGCUUGCAUGAUGAGUGAAGGUGACACCAGAGAAAAACCAAUUGAUACUACAUACCAUGUUUCUCAAUCAAAAGAAGGUAGUGGACAAAUUGAUGUUGGUGAAAGUUCCCAUGAAUUGAGCAGAUCGUCUGAGGAAGCCAAGAUCAUGGGUGAUCCUGCUGCUUGCAUGAUGAGUGAAGGUGACACCAGAGAAAAGCUAAUUGAUGAUACAAUUGGAAAGGUGAGUGAAGAUUGUGAAAACAGGUAUGGGGCUUCUCCGUCUACAGAAAGCAUUUCUGUUCAAGAUGCUGAGGUCCUGGAACCUAGGAGUUGUGAUGAACACGUUGUAUCUUCAGUUGCUGAUGGCAGUUGUGCACUUGUUAUGAACUCUUUGGAGAAUGACACAAGCCUGGGAACUGAAUUUGGGAUUCAAAACUCUGCAUCAGAAGAAGUGUCUGCAUUGGCUGGCGAAAGUUCUCUUCAUGAUUCAAAAUCAGAAAAUCUUGACUUAGAAGCUGCUGUAGUGGAGAGCAAGUUUCUUGGUCAUGACAGCAUAUCAAGUUGUUCUCCCACAGAUUCAAGCUCUAAAACCACAUUUAGCCUGUUGACUGACAAAUCUGAACAGAAAGUGCAAGGUGGAACUGAAAUUUCAAAUGAGGGUGCUGAGCUUGCUCAUGGCCAAUGUAGUUCAACUGUUGUACAAUUAUCUAAAGUUGGGAACUCAUCUACUUCAAUCAAUAGGGACAUGCAUGGUGAUGAUACUCUUGAAUCUGGACUGGAAUCUCUGAAAAGCUCUUUUGAUAACAAUGGCAGUCCACCAAACCACACUAAAAACUUGGAAGUUCAAUGUAAUGGUUCUGAAAGAAGUAGUGAAGACAAUUUGGUGUGCCAAGAAUUUGUGGUUGCUGACAAAUCUUUGUGCAAUGAAACAUUGGAUAUUUUGCUGGAAGGUUCUUCAGCUAAUGUUGCUGGACAGGAUGCUAGUACUGGGACUUUUGGAGGCUUGAAAAAGCCAUUCCAAUUCCUGAUCAAGAUGCCAAGGUUUGAUGAUGAAAAGCUUAGAGAGCAGAUCAGACUUGCACAGCUACAUGUUGAUGAGAAGACCCAAAGUAGGGAUGCUAUUUGGCAGGAAAUAAAAAAGAAGAGAGCCAAUUGCCAACAUCAUGGUGUUGAAUUUGAAGCUGCCAAAUCAGAAGAGAGAGUUGCACGCAAGCUGGUUAGGUCAAAGCGUGCUGAAAUUGAGCAUCUUCAAACUGCAAUUAAUAGAGUGAAGAAUGCACUUUCUGUCGAGGAGAUAGAUGCAAGGAUAUGUAGCAUGGAACACAUGAUAGAGCAUGAAACUCUUCCUUUAAAGGAGGAAAAGAACUUAAUUCGCGAAAUUAAGCAGUUGAAGCAGCUGCGAAAUCAAUUAUCCUCUAACAUAGGUAGCUGUGAUGAAGUCCAGCAGGCUCUGGACAAUAGAGACCAAAUUGAAGAGAGCUUAAAGAUUUUGAAAAAAGAGCUCGAUAGCCUUAAAAACAAGGUAUCAAAAGCUGAAGCAGUUGCUGUAGCAGUAAGCUUGAGAUAUGAAGAAGAAAGCAAAAUGCACAAGGAAUUGCGAGCUCAGUAUAAGGCUGCUAAUGAAAUUCGCCAAGCAGCAUACGGAAACUUGCAGAAUUUGAAAAAGAUACUAUAUGAGAAGAACAACCAUUUCCGGAUGUACAAGGAUAAUGCAUCAACAGCUAGUCGUCAUGCUGCACACAAAGACACUGAAGCUCUUCAUCAUCUUUGUGCCAACCAGGUUGAGAAAUAUAUGGAACUCUGGAAUCGGGAUGAUGAGUUCCGCCAGGAAUAUGUGAGGUGCAACAUGAGGAGCACAGUUAGGAGAUUGGGAACAUUGGACGGUCGUCCUCUUGGCCCUAAUGAGGAUCCACCUGUUCUCCCGGUUUAUGUAGCUGAAAGAACUGAUAGAGUGAUUUCCCGUACAUCAAAAGUUGAUUUUGUCUCCCCAACUUUGCCACUGCAGCAAGAAAAACAAGUAAUGCUUAUCAAGGAUGAAGACAUAGCCAGAAAGCCUAUGGUGAAAGGGACAGGACAAAAGACUGAACGAGAGAGGAAAACUAGCGCAGUGAAGUCUAAUUUGGAGAGUGCAGACAAUGUAUCUAGUUGGGACGUAAGCAAUGACGUGAAAAGAGAAGACAUUCAAAUUCAAACAAAGGAGGAAUUGGAGUUGGCUAGGAAGGAAGAGGAAGUUAAAAGGCUGGAGACUGCUGCUAGACUGAAAGAGCAACGCCGGUUAGAGGAGAUUGCCAAGGCUAAGGAGGCACUGGAAAGGAAAAAGAGAAAUGCAGAGAAGGCCCAAGUGAGGUCAGAAUUACGAGCUCUGAAGGAAGCAGAACAAAAAGAGAAGGAGAGAGAGAAAAGAUUGAGAAAGAAGGAAAAAAAGAAGGGCGGUGGCAGCGAAGCUGCUAAUGAGAGCGAAAAUGUUUCAUUCUGUGAGAGCAUAAAAGACGUUGUGAAUGAGGCUGAAACAAAGGAGACUGAGGAGGGUGGUAAGAAAACUCAAAAGGCCCCUCAGUAUGCAAAACAAAACACAACAAAGUCUAUUCCUCCACCACUUCGAAACAAGAAUAAGAAGAAAAUGCAGCAGUGGAUGCGGAUAAUUUUCACAUCCAUUAUCGUCAUCGCUUUGUUCUUGCUGGGAAACAUUGGCUUCUUUGCCAAUCUUAAGAGCCGCCAAAAUGUCUUAUAAUCUUGCUUUCCUAGCCGGAAUGGGGAGUUUUGGUGUGGGAUAUUCUUACUUGCAUCUGGAAUUUUAGUUUUAUUUUAUGUUUUGUUAGAAAAGAAAAUUAUUUGAACGACUUAUAGAGUGGGGUUGUGUAUUUUGCAGAAUGAACAACAGCAAUAACAUUACAUUACAUCAUGAUUCUGUAAUACUUUGUAGAUCCCUAUUCCCUUGGAUAAUCUAUUGAAUAGGCAGAUGGGUAUAUA